AUGAGCGCAAUCCUCAGCGCUGACGACCUAAAUGACUUCAUAUCCCCGGGCGUCGCAUGCAUAAAACCGAUUGAAACUCUUCCUGCAGCCCCCGACCCACCGCCCUCCAACCCCUACGAAGUCGUGCUGGAAGACAAAGCGCCCCAACCGGAUCUCCCGCCCGCACAGAUUUCGCUAACAGACUGCCUUGCCUGCUCCGGCUGCGUCACAUCCGCCGAAGCCGUCCUCGUCUCACUCCAAUCCCACAAUGAAGUCCUUGCGAACCUAAACGCCCACCCGGAGAAGGUAUUCGUGGCGCUGAUAUCCCCGCAGUCGAAGGCAAGUCUUGCUACGGCUUAUGGCGUCAGUGCUGAUGCCGCUGGACACAUGAUUGAACGGUUGCUGUGCUCGCCGGAGGGGAUUCGUGGAGGGGGGAGGGGGUUCGAUUUUGUCCUAGAUACGGAUACUGCUAGGGAGAUUGCUGUGGAGUUUGCCGCUGAAGAGGUUGUUGCGGCUAUGCAGGGCGGUAGGGAUGGGGGGAAGAUGCCGAUAUUGACGAGCGCAUGUCCGGGAUUUGUGUGCUAUUUGGAGUCUACCCAGCCGGCCCUGAUUCCACACUUGUCGAGACUGAAGAGCCCUCAGGCGAUCCUGGGGACAGCGGUGAAGUCACUGCUGUACAAGGAUGUGGGGGGCGGGGUGAAAGGGAUUUACGUUGUUGGUGUAAUGCCAUGCUUUGACAAGAAGCUUGAAGGGGCGCGUGGGGAGUUGACCUCUGGAGCAUGGAUGGAAGGGGAAGGGGAGGUAGCCCGGGACGUGGACUGCGUAAUUACCACCCGGGAACUAAUAUCUCUUGCACAAGCCAGAGGCGUGGACUUUGCUACCCUCCCGCAAUGUCCGUCCCUUCUCCCCCCUUCCAGUACUACCUCCGCUCCCCCGAAAAUCCUCAAAUCCCUCACAAAAUCUGCCUCUACCAAAACCAAUCCCAUACCAGGGACCAGCGACGGUUAUCUCACGCACAUUGCAAGCCACAUCCUAGCCCUCUACCCAACAUCCACCCUGCGCAUCGAGCCGGGCCGCAACUCGGACACAACAGACUACGUAAUUUCCACCCCCGAAAGGACAAUUGCUCGCCUGUCCCGUUGCUACGGAUUCCGCAACAUCCAGAACCUCGUCCGCCGCCUGAAGCCCGCAAAAACUCGUGUGCUCCCGCGGUUUGGAAAACCCUCUGCUACAGCCUCGCAGCGCAAGCCCCUAGCCGCCGCCUCAAGACAGGCGGGCGGAAAGUCGGAUGUGGAGUACACUUAUGUUGAAGUCAUGGCCUGUCCGGGCGGUUGUACCAAUGGUGGUGGACAAGUUCGGUAUGACGACAAGAUUAUCGCUUCAGGGCUUAGUGCAGGGACGCAGAAGGAGUGGCUGGUCAGGGUCGAUGAGGCUUACUAUUCGUCUGCCGAGGAUGAGGAGAAUAGAGAGGAAGGUGGGGUAGGGCAGGAGGCGUGGGUGGAGAGGUUCAUUGAGGAAUGGGAGAGCAGGACGGGUGUUUCUAAAGACAGGUUACUGUUUACUGGAUACCGGAAGGUGGAGAACGAUUUAGGGGACAGGAUGAAGGAGGUUAGUGUUGUGGAGUUGGCUAGUAAGGAUGGUGGGGGGUGG